UACUUCGAUAACUUACGAAGCUGAGCCUAUCGAUUUCGGCUAUUUACUGAAAUAUACAACAAAAACCAACAAAACUGAAAUCAUAUUAAAUAAAUUAAAAAAAAAUAACCAAAGAUUGUUCUAACACCAGCAGCUUUUUAAGCUACUUGGUUAAAAUACACAACAUUCCCUGAAAUAGGUAGAAACUAGAAAACAAAGGAACGCCCACACUUUAGAAAAGAUUAAUCAUGGAUAUCUCUAAGGCACCAAAUCCACGAAAACUGGAUCUUUGUCGCAAAUAUUUCUUUGCUGGUUUUGCCUUCCUUCCCUUUGUGUGGGCCAUCAACGUUUGCUGGUUUUUCCAGGAGGCCUUCAAUAAGCCCCCAUAUCCAGAACAGAGCCAGAUAAAGAAAUUUGUAAUAUUCUCCGCGGUGGGAACUUUCUUCUGGCUAAUAGUUCUCACUGCCUGGAUAGUGAUAUUCCAGACGAAUCGCACAUCUUGGGGCGCCACAGCAGACUAUAUGAGCUUCAUCAUACCCCUGGGAAGUGCAUAACCAAGGACCCUAGCAAUAACUAACUUAUGAUAUUAAAAAAAUACUUAAUCCCAAUCAUAAAAACAUUUAUUAUUGAUUGCCCAAGAAUUCCAUUAUAACUAAAAGACAGAAUCCCCAUUAAAACAGCCCAUUGAUUUAA